UGGUGCAUGGUAGCUGUUACCUUCCCAUUAAAGCAUCUAUAUCAAAAGUAGCUAGUCCAUUGCCUGUGCUUCAAUCAAAUGCCAGAUCUCCAAAAUGCAAGGGCUCACCUUUCUCAUUUUAUAUAAUUCAAAAAAUGCUUGAGAGAACGAAGAGAGGAAAAUUAAAAAGAAAAAGACUGACCAAAGCUUACAUUGGAUCUCCAAGUAAUUUCAAAUAUCUGUGUCACAUUGGACGGAGCCCCCAAACGGAGUUUGUUACCAAUAUAGAGCCGGAAUUAAAGAUGAUAUUUACUCAAGCUGGUAUAACACAAGAUCACCUGAAGGACAAGAGAAUGUCAAAAAAGAUUUUUGAAACAAUUGAGAAUCAAGGGGGAAUCCAAACUGUUUUAAAAGAGACAAAAGAACCACGUGGAUUAAACUGUAAUGAAGACCUUCCUUCCGUAGUCCUAGCUCAAUUACCCUGCAUGUCUCCUUCCAAAAAGACAUCCCACCACAAUUUGAUCCAAAGCUUGAAGGAAGAGCAUCUGAAAAGGGCACACAGUGACUAUCACCUAACUCCGGUCAGUCAGGAAGAUCUAAUUUGUCAGAUCAAAAAAGGAACAUCAUUAAAACAGGUAGCUGAAAAUCAACUUUCCAAAGAUGAAGGAAUAGUAGCUGCACUUAAGGAUAUAAUUCAGAAGAGGCACACAGCAAUACCGGCUUCAGGUAAUGAAGAGCUCCAAUCUGACUUGGAGUAUGAAGAUGAAUGGGAUGACUAAAAUAGUGCUACCUGCCAGAAGCAGCACUGCUUGAUCUUUCUACGUUGCAUUUAUAACUUGACUUUUUAAAGUGAUAAUAAAAUGUUUUCUUAUUUUUCCAGUACUAUAACGGAAUUACUAAUUUAAAAUGCCAGACUAGAAACAAUCUUUUAAUAUUUUGUCACUUGCAUUUAUUUAUAUUUGUAUUUAUUGACCACUUUAAUCCCAGGAGUCUAUUUUGAGAUGGAUCCAGAUUUAGAGAAACUUGAAAUUGUGCUUCUUACAAUAUUUCAACUUGUUAAAUUUUAUAAUUGCUUCCAUUCCUAUCUUUAGAUAGUAUCUUUUUGAUUCUUACAUUUUUAGAUAAGCCUAGCCUGUUCUUCCCUAGUGCUUUGUUCCUAUUUUUCAUUUUUCUAGGUAAGAGGAUAAGGUAGAACUUUGCAAGAGGGCAAAGGAACCUGUAAGUUCAUGCUCCCCUUUUACGGGAGGUGUUCAAUGAUUUUUGGUGGGGAUUAUAAGAGACUUACCCUAUUUGGUUUGAGAUCUCAGGACAUCUGGAAGAUACCAGAUUGGGGAAAAGACAAGGUUAAACUAAAUUCUGAAAGAAUUUGAGUCAGUGUCAGGAAGCGUUUGAUCAGCUGGAGAUG